UUGUGGGCUCACUGAACCACUUGGUGUUGAAGAUGGUACCAUUCCAUCAGAUAACCUCAUAGCAUCUUCAGCAUAUAAAAAUUAUACUGCUCAACAUGGACGACUGAACACAGCAUCAGGAUGGAUACCUGAAAACUUAAACCAGCUUCAAUGGAUUCAAGCCGACCUCGAUGAUGUGAAAUCGGUUAUUGGUUUAGUAACACAAGGACUAAGUGACGGGCCUUUAUGGGUGACAUCAUAUAAAGCUAUUUGGCAUAAAAAUGAUACCACAUUUCAUGUGAUAUUAAAUGAAAAUGGUACUGAGAUUUUAAAGGGAAACACGGAUCAAAACACCAACGUGACACAAAUGUUCCAAUCUACUAUUUACACUCAAUUCAUCCGCAUUUGUCCAAUGGAAUGGCAUAUCUACAUUGCUCUAAGAUUUGAACUUCUUGGUCCACUUCCAGGUUCCUAUGCACUUGGUGUUGAAGAUGGUAGCACUCAACUCACAGCAUCUUCUAUACGUAGCCCUACAUAUCCUGCUGACGAAGGACGACUGAAUGCAGUUGUUGGUGAUGAGUUAAGUGGAUCAUGGAAACCGAAGGAGAACAACCAGGGACAAUGGCUUCAAGCCAACCUCAGUGAUGUGAAAUCGGUUAUUGGUGUAGUAACACAAGGAAGUCCGUAUGGAAAGGAAUGGGUGACGUCGUAUAAAGUUUCUUGGAGUGAUAAUGGUGCCAACUUCACUUUUGUAGAAAAUGUAAAUGGUACUGAGAUUUUUAGUGGAAACACGGAUCAAAACACAGAGGUGACUCAAAUGUUCAAAUCUGCUAUUGACGCUCAAUUUAUCCGCAUCAGUCCAGUCACUUGGAAUGUAGAUCCCGCUCUAAGAAUUGAGAUUCUUGGUCCAUGUCAAGAUAAUGAAGUGCCAAAUUUGAUUUGUCCUCAUGACACCAGUGAAACCACAGAUCCAGGCAAUACAACAUCAUCAGCAACCUGGAAUGAUCCGACAGUCACUGACAAUGUUGAUUCUAAUCUAACAGUCACUUGUUCUUCUGCAUCUGGUUCAUCGUUUGAUGCUGGGUCAACAAUAGUAAAUUGUUCUGCUACUGAUAAUGCUGGAAACACAAACAGCUGUACAUUUAACGUUACAGUCAAAGAAAUAGAUAUUGAAGUUCCAACCUUGACCUGCCCUGAUAACAUCAAUCAAGCCACAAAUCUAGGCCAGUCAACAUCAUCAGCAACCUGGAAUGACCCAGCAGUCACCGACAAUGUUGAUUCUAGUCUGUCAGUUACUUGUUCUCCUGUAUCUGGUUUCUCAUUUAGUGUUGGUUCAACUCCAGUUAUAUGUUCUGCUAAAGAUACUGCUGGAAAUACAGGCAGCUGUACAUUUAAUGUUACAGUCAAAGAUAUUGAAGUUCCGACUGUGAUGUGCCCUGAUGACAUCAGUCAAACCACAGUUCAAGGCCAGUCAACAUCAUCAGCAACCUGGAAUGACUCAGCAGUCACCGACAAUGUUGAUUCUAGUUUGUCAGUCAUUUGUUCCCAUGUAUCUGGUUUAUCAUUUAGUGUUGGUUCAACUCCAGUUAUAUGUUCUGCUAAAGAUACUGCUGGAAACAUAGGCAGCUGUACAUUUAAUAUUACAGUCAAAGAUGAAGAAAUUCCAAAUGUGAUUUGCCCUUCUGACAUCAGUAAAUUCACAAUUGAAGGCCAGUCAACAUCAACAGCAACCUGGCGUGAACCAGUGGUCAUCGACAAUGUUGAUUUUAGUCUGUCAGCCACUUGUUCUCGUGCAUCCGGUACAUUGUUUAGUGUUGGUUCAACUACAGUUAAUUGUUCUGUUGAAGAUAGUGCUGGGAACACAGGCAGUUGUACAUUUAAUGUUGAAGUUAUAGAUAUUGAUAUUCCGACUGUUAUGUGUCCUGAUGACAUCAGUCAAACCACAAUUCAAGGCCAGUCAACAUCAGCAGCAACCUGGAAUGAGCCGAUAGUCACUGACAAUGUUGAUUCUACUCUGUCAGCCAAUUGUUCUCGUGCUUCUGGUUCUUAUUUUAGAGUUGGUACAACUGCCGUUACUUGUUCUGCUACAGAUACUGCUGGAAAAACAGGCAGCUGUACAUUUAACGUUGAAGUCGAAGAUAUUGAAGUUCCGAGUGUGAGCUGCCCUGAUGAUAUGAGUCAAGCCACAGAUCAAGGCCAGUCAACAUCAUCAGCAACCUGGAAUGACCUUACAGUCACCGACAACGUUGAUUCUAGUCUGUCAGUUACUUGUUCUCCUGUAUCUGGUUUAUCAUUUAGUGUUGGUUCAACUCCAGUUAUAUGUUCUGCUAAAGAUACUGCUGGAAACACAGGCAGCUGUACAUUUAAUGUUACAGUCAAAGAUGAAGACAUUCCAAAUGUGAUCUGCCCUUCUGACAUCAGUAAAUUCACAGUUGAAGGCCAGUCAACAUCAUUAGCAGCCUGGCAUGAACCAACAGUUAUCGACAAUGUCGAUGUUAGUCUGUCAGCCACUUGUUCUCGUGCAAAUGGUUCAUCGUUUAGUGUUGGUUCCACUACAGUUAAAUGUUCUGCUGAAGAUACUGCUGGGAACACAGGCAGCUGUUCAUUUAAUGUUGAAGUUAUAGAUAUUGAAAUUCCGACCGUGACCUGUCCUAAUUACGUCAGUCAAACUGCAGUUCAAGGCCAGUCAACAUUAUCAGCAACCUGGAAUGAGCCGAUAGUCACCGACAAUGUUGAUUCUACUCUGUCAGCCAAUUGUUCUCGUGCUCCUGGUUCAUAUUUUAGAGUUGGUACAACUGCCGUUACUUGUUCUGCUACAGAUACUGCUGGAAAUACAGGCGGCUGUACAUUUAAUGUUGAAGUCGAAGCUGACAGCUAUUUUUGGAUCUGCACCUGGAUUUCUUGACAUUCAAAUUCUAAAUUUGGAUCCAGGAAGUAUUAUUGUGGAUUAUUAUGUUGAAUUAAAAUCAACUGGUGCUGCAGCAUCAGAUUUGGAUUUAUUGUUUGUUCAGAAUGUCAACAGUGAAGGAAAGUUAAAUGGUUCGAUGCUUGAUCU